AUGCACCAACCAAUCCUCCUCACCUUACUCCUCGCCGCCUCCGCGCACGCAGCCACCAAAUACAUCUUCACCUCGGCGAUUCCCAUCGUCGAAACCCCCCUCCUCGUCUCCGCUCCAUCCGCAUCCACCACCAUCAUCGUCCCCGUCUCCUCCAGCGCCCCCUCCGCCAGCUCAUCGCUCGUCUACACCAGCGAAGUCGCCCCGUUCCCCACAGCGGCGGGAACCGGCGCCUCGGCCCCUGUGGGCACGGGCUCUGGCUCUGCCUCCGCGACCGGCACCGGCGCUCCCAUCACCCCGGCCAUUCCGUACAAGGGCGCCGCGGCGAGGAAUACGGGCACUCUGUUCGGCGGUGUCGUGGCUCUCGGCGCCGUCGCGUUGGCCCUGUGUUAG